UUUUAUUUGUUACUUUGGUCAUGUGCUAAGCGCAUUAAAUAAAAAUAUAAAAAAAAGAAUAAUUCGUAAUUAAUUUGUUGUUUUGGUUUUUUCUUUUCUAUUAAAAUAAAUUUAAAGGGGACAAUAUGAGGUGUGCAGUGCUUUGUGUCGUGUUUGCUGUUUCUUUUGCGCUGGUAGCCGCUGGACCGGUCGUAGAUGAUAGUCAGACACCCCAUAUCAAUUCUGUUAAUUCCAAUGAACCGACCAUUGAAGAGUCCCUAAUGAAAAAACUGAACAACAAAUGCUCCAACCACGACAUUUCCUCAUGCAUGAUGCUUAAACUGGUCACGUACUUCAAUCGGAUGCUCAAAAAGUCCCAAAUCGAGUUGGGAGAUAUCGAGAUCACUCAGACGAGCACCGAGACCACCGAGACCCUGGAAACAUCCAGGAGCCUAAAGGAUUUCGAUCAGAUGUCCGAGGAAGCUCAGCUGAGCACAGUGAUCGGUGAUAAGCUGUACAGUUUUAUUAAGAGCCGAUCUAUGAAGUGGCAUGUAACCGACGUUGCUGACGUGGUAGUGUCAGGAGGCAGUGACAAAAACGGAGGUUUGAACCUCGGUUUCUCCAUUAGACCCAUUGAAACUGCCACAGAGGAAGGACGCAAAAAGAAAGAUCAAGGAAACAACAUGGGAGGCAUCAUGGCCGCCGUACUGAUGAAAAUUGGCCUCCUGAAGGCUCUGGCUUUCAAAGCUUUGGUUAUAUUGGUUGGAAAGGCUUUGUUAGUGAGCAAGCUUGCUCUUGUGUUGGCCGGCAUCAUCGGCUUGAAGAAGCUGCUGAGUCAAGAGAAACACGUGACUUACGAGGUGGUACCUCAGGCCCACCACGACCACCAUGAGCAUCACGUGAGCAGCGGCGGCCACGACAGUUACGGGGGCCCCGGAUGGGGCAGAACCUUCGAUGCUGCCCAAGCUCAAAAGUUGGCUUAUGGCGCCCAAGUACCCGAUGGAACCCAAUAAGAUAAAUUAUUGAUUUUAGUACCACCAUAUUGGUGUCUCGUAUGUGCUAUCUUUAAGUUAUUAUUAUCAUUAUUUAUUGUUUUAAUUUAAUUUAUUGUUUUGUUGUGAUUAUUUUUUAGUGUCAAAUAAUAAAGUGUUGUUGAU